CGCCCCCAGAAAAAAGCUCCCCUUUGUUCCAUCGGAAGCUUUUUGGUUCCGCUCCUGCGGGUGCAGGCUUCGUGAUCGGUCUCGAUCGGCUCCUGUGUUGCAUUUGAAUUGUUCCUUCGAGGUGCCAUCGUGAUUUAAGCGAUUUGGGUUUGUCGAUCUGAUGAUACGGAAGUGUUUCGCUCUUAUUGCAGUUGGUUCCAACAUUUUCGGAGUCGAUUUGUUCUUCUUUGGCCGUUGAAUUAUUCGAUUACAGAUAUAUUGUUAUUAAUGAGUGUGUUUGUUUGCUCAUCCUGAUCGAUCUUAUGGUGCUUGAUCUGCUAUUUGCAUCAUUUGAAAUGGCUCAGGUAGUAUGCUUUGGUUUUAGUCUCCGUGCCCGUCGUUUUGCCUAUGAGGAAAGAGCUUUGAUGCAUGCGUGACUUGUUCUCUCGAGGAUGCCCUGUCCAAAAGUUCGUUUUUUUUUGGGAUUCUGGCAAUUUUGGUUUGGACACAAUGUUUGUUUUCUUCUGUGGUUUGAGUUUGAUGACCGUGAGUUGUUGAAUGCUGCCAAGAAUCUGGCGCUAGCUUCUUGUUCGCAUGUGUUUGUUCUAUUUAACUCUAAAGAAAAGAAUCUUCUUACCGUAUAACUUUGGUGGUGCCGACGUACCGGAGAGGCCACAACAAAAUCUGUGGCCUCAAGUGUUUGGCAUAACCUUUUUCAGAGAGGUCAAUAUCAAGUGUGUAAUUGUUGGAAGUAUGAGAAUUGAAACUUCAAAGAAGCCCUUCUGUCCUCCUCGCGAGGUACAUGUUCAAGUUACACAUUCUAUGCCGCCUCAGAAGGUUGAGAUCUUUAGGGCAUUAGAGGACUGGGCAGAGAAUAACAUCCUGGUACAUCUAAAGCCAGUUGAAAAGUGUUGGCAGCCACAAGAUUUUCUUCCAGACCCUUCCUCAGAUGGAUUUUAUGAAGAAGUUCAAGAACUGAGAGAACGAUCAAAGGAGAUCCCUGAUGAUUAUUAUGUUUGCUUGGUUGGAGAUAUGAUCACAGAGGAAGCCCUUCCUACAUACCAGACAAUGCUUAAUACCCUUGAUGGUGUGCGAGAUGAAACCGGUGCAAGCCUUACCUCAUGGGCUAUCUGGACAAGGGCAUGGACUGCUGAAGAGAACAGACAUGGUGACCUUCUCAACAAGUACUUGUAUCUGACAGGAAGAGUAAACAUGAAACAAAUUGAGAAAACCAUACAAUAUCUGAUUGGUUCAGGAAUGGAUCCCAGAACUGAGAAUAGCCCCUACCUUGGCUUCAUAUACACCUCAUUUCAAGAACGAGCUACCUUUGUAUCCCAUGGAAACACGGCCAGGCAUGCCAAGGAAUAUGGGGACCUGAAGCUGGCUCAGAUAUGUGGCACUAUAGCUGCAGACGAGAAGCGCCAUGAAACUGCAUACACCAAGAUAGUGGAGAAGCUUUUCGAGAUAGACCCCGAUGGGACAAUGCUUGCAUUUGCAGACAUGAUGAAGAAGAAGAUUUCGAUGCCUGCCCAUCUAAUGUACGACGGACAUGAUGAUAACCUCUUUGAGCACUUCUCUGCUGUGGCUCAGCGGUUGGGUGUCUAUACUGCAAAGGACUACGCUGAUAUACUCGAGUUUCUUGUCGUGAGGUGGAACCUGGAGAAGCUUAGUGUCCUGUCGGGAGAGGCAAGUCAAGCCCAGGACUUUGUAUGCACUUUGGCUCCAAGGAUACGAAGACUUGAAGAAAGAGCACAGGGGAAAGCCAAGCAAUCACCAAGAAUUCCUUUCAGUUGGAUCAAUUACAGGGAAGUGCAGCUGUGAGCAAAAACGACAAUCGCUUUCCUAUGUUACAAGAAAUAUCCGAUUAGCUCUACGUCUCAUAUAAAGUGUCUGCAUCCAACUUAUGCUGCAGUUGGCUAGUAAUAAGGAUUUGUCGGAUUGAGCAUUAGUAUCAUAAAGCCAUAUUUAUGUUUCUGAAUCAGGAUGUGAGCUGUCAUCUUAUCAAGUUAUAUAUAGAUUUCUUGAACAUGACAUGAAUCUUGUAAGGGCUGUUCCGAGGUUUUCAUAGAUUUUGGAGAGCUUAAUCUACAGUUACUUUUUAAGUUUUUCAUGUACAAGUAAUGAAACUGCAGUUAAUAAUUCCCUCUUUCCCGAA